GGCGGGCUUCAGCCCCGAUGGCCGCCGCAUCGCGACGGUGUCGUGGGACGGCACGAUGCGGAUGCACGACGCGCGCACGGGGGCGCUGAGCUGGGUCACCGAAGACACUCGCGGGCAGUGCUGGGCUGCGGCGUUUGCGCCGGAUAGCACGCAGGUGGUGUGGAGUAGCAAGAACGGGCUUGUGGUGAAGGUGCUGGAUGUGGAGACGGGGGCGUGUAAUGCGACGUUUCCACUGAAGCUGAACCACUGGGCGCGCAGUCUGGCGUGGACUGCGGAUGGGCGCGACAUCGCGAUCGGGACGGGGUCGCGCAGCGCGUAUAUGUGGAGGCCGGUGGAGGCGGAGGGGGCGGUGAUGGAGGUUAGGUUGAAGAAGGAAGAGGACGGUCGGAGGUUCGGGUCCAUGGCGGAUCUUGAGGAUGUCAAGUGGCUGGAUGAUGCGAAGUUGGCGGUCGGAUGCUCAGAUGGGAGUGUGGUGGUUUGGGACCGCUUUAGCAAUGCGAAGGAGGGGUUUUUGAAGACGCAGGGGCUGGUGACGGAGGGGUAUUCGCAGCUGGGGAUUCAUUUUUUGAAAGAGACAGAGACGUAUGUGAACUUGGAUCACGAUGGGGUGAUUAGGUUUUGGAGACACUCGGUGCCGGCGUAUCCGUCGUGGUGGGAGAAGGAGCAGGCCAAGCCCGAGAAAGAGGCGUAUCCGGCGACGGGGAAGUAUGUGAAGAUUACUAAGAAAGCGACACCGAAGGCACCAGAGGGGUCUGGCUCGGGGGGUUCUCCGGUCAGUGAACGACUACCACAGCGCCUAAAGCUAUCCAACUUGAAGAAAGCGCCAGUCGAUGAAUGGCUGGAGAAGGGUGCGGAGUUGUGGACUGCAGAAUAGACAGAGGAAUGCUCUGUGAGUAUUUUGUGCAAGAUAUCGUUGGGGUUUGGCUAAAAAUUGUAUGCAACAUAUUGGAUCUUUG